CGUUAAUUACACAACCGUAAAUUUUACUCUUCUGUGCCGUCAAUCCGAACUUUUAUCUCUUUCCGGUUGUUUUCUCUAUCCUCCUCCCACCCUUUCCAUUUCCUCCCCUCCAUUUUACUCGCUUUCUUCGAAUUUCACUCCACUCUCCCACUACUCCGUCUCAGAUUCCGGCCAACAGUUUCUCUCGGCGCAGAUCUGACUCCCGGAGCGGCAGAUCGGAGCACCGGUAAGCUCUGUCGAACCGGCCAUGGAGGAGGCGUUGGAGUUGGUGCGUGCCAAGGACACUAAGGAGCGGAUGGCCGGCGUCGAGCGGCUCCACCAACUUCUGGAAACUUCCAGGAAGAGCCUCUCCUCCUCCGAUGUCACUUCGCUCGUAGACGUCUCCAUGGAUCUCUUGAAAGACAACAACUUUAGGGUUUCUCAGGGAGCCUUACAGGCGCUGGACUCGGCCGCGAUCCUCUCUGGCGAUCACUUCAAGCUCCACUUCAAUGCGCUUGUUCCGGCAGUAGUCGAGCGGUUGGGGGAUGCUAAGCAGCCUGUUCGUGAUGCCGCCAGGAGAUUGCUGCUUACUUUGAUGCAGGUUUCUUCACCAACAAUAAUCGUUGAGAGGGCUGGGUCUUAUGCUUGGACUCAUAAAAGCUUUAGAGUGCGGGAAGAAUUUGCUCGUACUGUGACAGCAGCAAUUGGUCUUUUUGCUUCCACAGAACUGCCCCUUCAACGAGCUAUUCUUCCUCCUAUUUUACAACUUCUAAGUGAUCCUAACCCUGGUGUGAGGGAAGCAGCUACAGCAUGUAUUGAGGAAAUGUCUACCCGAGUUGUUCCUCACUUCGCUGAAGAACUUCAGCGUCAUAAUCUUCCUCCAAUGAUGUUAAAAGAUAUUAAUACAAGGCUUGAGAGAAUUGAACCCAAGAAUCGCCAGGCAGAUGGAUUCAUGAGUAACUAUUUGGCUCCUGAUUUUAGACCGUCAAGCCACAGUACCAAGAAAAGCAGUCCCAAAGCCAAGUAUUCAACGAGGGAGGCAUCACUUUUUGGAGAUGGUGAUGUUACAGAAAAAGCAGUUGAACCAAUUAAAGUAUAUUCUGAAAAGGAGCUCAUCAGGGAAUUUGAAAAGAUUGCAUCCACCUUUGUACCCGAGAAAGAUUGGUCUAUUCGAAUUGCAGCAAUGCAACGAGUAGAAGGGCUUGUACUUGGAGGUGCAGCUGAUUACCCUUGCUUCCGUGGACUGUUAAAGCAACUUGUCGCCCCCCUGAGCACACAAUUAUCUGAUCGGAGGUCCAGUAUUGUGAAACAGGCGUGUCAUCUACUGAACUUUUUAUCAAAAGAGCUUCUGGGAGAUUUCGAGACAUGUGCUGAGAUGUUCAUUCCGGUCCUCUUCAAGCUCGUUGUGAUAACUGUUCUUGUUAUUGCAGAAUCAGCUGAUAACUGUAUUAAAACGAUGCUACGAAAUUGCAAAGUUGCCCGCGUACUUCCUCGGAUUGCAGAUUGUGCAAAGAAUGAUCGCAAUGCAGUACUUCGUGCUAGAUGUUGUGAAUAUGCACUUUUGAUACUAGAGCAUUGGCCUGAUGCACCUGAGAUACAACGUUCUGCUGAUCUAUACGAGGAUCUUAUAAAAUGUUGUGUGGCUGAUGCAAUGAGUGAUGUACGAUCAACGGCAAGAACCCUGUACAGAAUGUUUGCGAAAACUUGGCCAGAACGUUCAAGGCGGUUGUUUUUAUCAUUCGAUGCUGUGAUCCAAAGGAUAAUAAAUGAAGAAGAUGGUGGUAUACACAGGAGACAUGCCUCUCCAUCUCUUCGGGAUAGAAAUUCACACACCCUUGCUCCUCCAGCAUCUGCUUCAUAUCUCGCUGGUUAUGGAACCUCUGCAAUUGUUGCUAUGGAUAAAAGUGCUACUUUGCCCGCAGGGACUUCCACUUCAUCUGGGUUGCUUCUACCGCAGGCAAAACCUGCAUCAACUGGCUCUGAACGAAGUCUAGAAAGUGUAUUGCAUGCAAGUAAACAGAAAGUUUCUGCUAUAGAAAGCCUACUAAAAGGCCUGGGCACAUCUGAGAAAACUAGGUCAUCCAGUUUAGAUCUAGGAGUUGACCCCCCAUCUUCGCGUGAUCCACCUUACCCACUUGCUGUUCCUGCUUCAAACAGUCUUACACAUGCCUUACUAGUAGAUACAUCAUUCAGUAUCUCUAAAGGUAAUAAUCCCAAUGGUGGAUUGGGUUUGUCUGACAUAAUAAAGCAGAUCAAGACAUCUAAAGAUUCCACUAAAUUGUCAUAUCAUGGUAGCUUGGGAAAUGAGCCUAUCUCGAUGCAUUCAUCCUACCCAACAAGACGAGUUUCUGAAAAGCAAUAUGAAAGAGGCUUUACUGAAGAAAAUGUUGAUGUUAGGGAGGCUAGGAGACACAUAAAUACACAUGCUGACCGACAAUUUUUAGAUGUGCAAUAUAGAGAGACUAAUUUUAGGGACUCCCACAACCUUGUUCCUCACUUUCAACGGCCUUUGUCGAGAAAAAGUUCAGCAGGACGGAUGUCUGCUAGCCGGAGGAGUUUUGACGAUAGCCAAAUUCCUUCGGGUGAUAUGACAGGCUUUGUGGAUGGACCUUCUUCUCUUACUGAUGCAUUAAGUGGAGGGCUUAGUUCAACUUCUGAUUGGAAUGCCCGAGUUGCUGCUUUCAACUAUGUUCAUUCUUUGUUACAGCAAGGGCCUAGAGGUAUUCAAGAAAUCAUUCAGAGUUUUGAGAAGGUGAUGAAGUUGUUCUACCAGCACCUUGAUGACCCCCAUCAUAAAGUUGCCCAAGCAGCACUCUCAACACUUGCAGAGCUUAUUCCAUCUUGCAAAAAACCAUUUGAAAGUUACAUAGAGAGGAUCUUGCCCCGUGUUUUCUCACGCUUAAUUGAUCCAAAGGAACUAGUCAGGCAAUCUUGCUCUACUACUCUGGAUAUUGUUGCAAAAACAUAUGUUAUAGAGUCACUUUUACCUGCUUUGCUUCGUUCUCUGGAUGAACAACGUUCUCCGAAGGCAAAAUUGGCAGUUAUAGAAUUUGCCAUUGGUUCUUUUAAUAGCCAUCAUUCAAGUUCUGAAGGUUCUUUUAACAUUGGCAUUCUUAAGUUAUGGCUUGCGAAAUUGACACCCUUGGUCCACGAUAAGAACACAAAACUAAAGGAAGCUUCUAUAACUUGCAUUGUUUCUGUUUAUACACACUUCGAUUCAACAGCUAUUUUGAAUUUUAUUCUUAGCUUAUCCGUCGAGGAGCAAAAUUCCUUGAGACGAGCCCUUAAGCAGUAUACUCCUCGCAUUGAAGUUGAUUUGAUGAAUUUUAUCCAGAACAAGAAAGAGAGGCAGCGUUCCAAGACUUCAUAUGAUCCAUCUGAUGUUAUUGGAACAUCUUCAGAAGAAGGAUAUAUUGGAUCUUCAAAGAAGAGUAAUCUGUUUGGAAGGUAUUCUGGUGGUUCAGUUGACAGUGAUGGUGGCAGAAGGUGGAACUCUCCUCAUGAUUCAACCUAUGUCAUGGGCUCUACUGGUCUCCCGCCAUCUGAUGAUACUCAGGAUAAUUAUGAGAACACGGAAACUAGUUCCAAUGCCACUAUUCCUAUUGCUAAGGACACAAUGCCCAAAUAUCGAACAAAUGUUGCAAAUGAAACUGUUGGAGUAAUUACUAAACACCUAGAAACAGAUGAAAUUGAUUCUACCACAGAAUCCAUUUCAACUCAUCUGGACAUCAACGGGCUAGUUGAUUCAGACCAUCACCAGAACACUGCAGGCCAUGGCACUGGUAGAGGGCCUUUACCUGAUUUAUCAUUCAGUUAUCCAAGAUUAGCAACACUGAAGAUGGAUUCAGCCCCAGAAACUGGACCUAGUAUCCCUCAGAUUCUUCACACGAUUUGCAAUGGGAAUGAUGGAACUCCUACCGAGAAAAAGUGUGCUGCACUGGAACAGUUGGUUGAUUUUUCUGUUAGCAAUGAUAAUUUGAUUUGGAAUAAGUAUUUCAAUCAGAUUUUAACAGCUAUACUGGAGGUUUUAAGUGAUUCUGAACCAUCCAUACGUGAACAUGCUCUGUCACUGAUAGUUGAAAUGUUGAAGAAUCAGAAAGUUGCCAUGGAGGAUUCGGUAGAGAUUGUAAUUGAAAAACUGGUUCAUGUCACCAAGGAUGCUGUUCCCAAAGUAGCGAAUGAAGCAGAACAUUGUUUGACAAUUGUGUUGUCUCAAUAUGACCCAUUCAGAUGUUUAAGUGUUGUUGUUCCUGCUCUAGUUACUGAAGACGAAAAGAUUCUUGUAACGUGCAUAAACUGUCUGACAAAGCUUGUGGGCAGGCUCUCACAAGAAGAGCUUAUGACUCAAUUGCCGUCUUUCUUGCCCUCCUUGUUUGAUGCAUUUGGGAAUCAAAGUGCUGACGUUCGCAAGACUGUGGUAUUUUGUUUAGUUGACAUAUACAUCAUGCUGGGGAAAGCAUUUUUGCCAUAUUUGGAAGGCCUGAACAGUACACAGCUGAGGUUGGUGACAAUCUACGCAAAUCGGAUAUCACAAGCAAGGACUGGAACGCCGAUAGAUGGCUCCUCCCAAAGUUAAGACGAUACGCGGUGGUGAGAUUAAAAGAUUGGGCGGUGUGAGUUGGAAUUUCUCAUCUGGUUUGGUUAUGUACAUUUGUGUGAAUGCGCGUUUUGAGGGCGGUUUCAAGUUGUAUUCUUCUUUGUCAUGUAAUUUUUUUCUUAUUUUUUGUUUGUUUGAUCCAAUUGAAUCAAGGUAGAGGAGUGUGUAGUUGGAGAAUGUGGUUUCGGUGAGAGGAUGCAGUUGUUGUAUACACUUUGUGCCCAUUGUUAUAAUGAAAGUUUACAUUUUGU